UGUCUGGUCCCGGCAGGAUGAGACUCCCGGCCUGGCUGCCGCCGCUAUGGCUCCUACCCCUAUGGCUUUUGUUGUCGCCGCGAGCGAACGGCCUCCGAGGCCGAGAGCCCGGCCGUCUGAGGGCCUUCGUGGUGCCUCACAGCCACAUGGACGUGGGCUGGGUCUACACCGUCCAGGAGAGCAUGCAAGCCUAUGCAGCCAAUGUCUACACUUCUGUGACGGAGGAACUAAGCAGAGGGAAGCAGCGCAAAUUUAUUGCUGUUGAACAAGAAUUCUUCCGGCUCUGGUGGAGCACAGUGGCCACAGACACCCAGAAACAGCAGGUCCAUCAGUUAGUGAAAGAAGGACGACUGGAAUUUAUUAUCGGAGGCCAGGUAAUGCACGACGAAGCAGUGACCCACAUUGAUGAUCAGAUUUUACAAUUAACAGAAGGACAUGGCUUCUUGUAUGAAACUUUUGGGGUGAGACCUCAGUUCUCCUGGCACGUCGAUCCCUUUGGAGCCUCCGCCGCCACGCCGACCUUGUUCUCCCUGGCCGGCUUCAACGCCCACCUCAUUUCCCGGAUUGACUAUGACCUAAAAGAGGACAUGCAGAAAGCCAAGAAGCUGCAGUUUGUGUGGCGAGGGUCUCCCUCUCUGGCUGAAAGUCAGGAAAUCUUCACUCAUGUUAUGGACCAAUACAGCUACUGCACCCCUUCCUCCCUCCCUUUUUCUAACAGGUCAGGUUUUUAUUGGAAUGGAAUUGCAGUUUUCCCCAACCCUCCAGGAGACGGAGUUUACCCCAACAUGAGUGUGCCAGUGACAGAUGCCAGCCUCAGGCUCUAUGCCCAAACCAUGGUGGCCAACAUCAAGGAGAGGGCAGCCUGGUUCAGGACCCAGGAUGUGCUUUGGCCAUGGGGUUGUGACAAGCAGUUCUUUAACUCAUCGGUCCAGUUCGCCAACAUGGAUCCGCUUCUGGCCUAUAUUAAUAACCACUCUGAGGAGUUCGGUGUCACUGUGGAAUACGCCACCGUGGGUGAUUACUUCCGGGCCCUUCAUGAUCGAGAUGUCACCUGGAGCACACGGAACGAGCAGGACUUUCUUCCCUAUUCAUCAGAGCCAUUCCAGAGCUGGACUGGAUUUUAUACGUCCCGUAGCUCACUGAAAGGGAUUGCCCGGAGAGCAAGCUCCCUUCUUUAUGCCGGAGAGUCCAUGUUCACCCAGUAUGUUCGGAAGAAGCCCCAAGGUGCUCUGUCUACAGCUGAGUCCUUGGAGCAGCUGCAGCAGCUUCGGUGGGCCGUUGCAGAGGUUCAACAUCACGAUGGCAUAACAGGGACAGAGUCCCCCAAGGUGAACGAUAUGUACCUGAACAACCUAAUGGAAGGAAUGUUUGCUGUGAAGAAGCUAAUGGUCUCCAUCAUUUCUGACAUAUUCCGGGCAGAGAAGAAAGAAGAGCCAGCCAAGCCAGGCUCCGAGGUGGAACCCUGUGCUGUUGUCUAUAACCCCCUGGCCUGGACCAUCACCACCUUUGUCACCGUGACCGUCGGUUCUCCACACGUGAUGGUCUUCGAUGAAUUUGGACGUCCUGUGCCUGCCCAGAUCCAGAACUCAACUGACUCUCAGUUCACUUAUGACUUGUACAUUCUGGCCACCAUAAAGGGUCUCAGUUACCAGCGUUACUACAUUAAGGCAGCUGACAAAUUUGAAGAGGCUCACCAGAAGUCAGCCUCCAUUGCAAGAAUCUUCCAUUUUGGUAGGAAAUCAAAGAAGUCUUCUUCACAUGUCGCUCGCAAGCAACUAUUUCCUGUGAUAAACGACUGUUAUUCUAUACUUAUGGACCAAGCCACCAAUUUAAUGCAUAGCAUCACGGAGAGAGAGAGUAACCAGACUAUACAAGUCACCCAGCAGUUCCUGGAGUAUAAAGUUAAUGCUGAUUUGGAACAUGGACCGAUUUCAGACAACUAUUUAUUUACCCCAGAUGGAUCAGCAGUUCAAGCAUCAGAUGUGGUGGGGUUGGAAAUUGUGGCUGGAAAACUUGUGACAGAGAUCCGGCAAUAUUUUUACAGAAAUUUCACAGAAAAGGAUUAUAUCUACGCUGUCUAUUCUCGGAUCUACAAUAUCCCCAAGGGUUACGAUGGGAAACUACUCUGCCACAGGAUAGAGCAAGAGUACAGAGUGGGUCCUUUGGAGCUGAACCGUGAAGCCAUCCUGAGGACAAGCACAGAUUUAAACAAUCACCAAGUCCUUUAUACAGACAAUAAUGGCUAUCAGAUGCAAAAAAGGACUUACAACACAUAUGUGAAUAACACUGUGGCUCGGAAUUACUAUCCCAUGGUGCAGACUGCCUUCAUUGAGGAUGACAGAAGCAAUCUUGUCUUGCUGUCUGAAAGAUCACAUGGUGUCUCUAGUCAAGGAAAUGGGCAGAUAGAGGUGAUGCUACAUAGGAGACUGUGGAACAACUUUGAAUGGGACCUUAAUUAUAACCUCACUUUGAACGACACAUCAGUGGUUCAGCCAAUUUUCUGGCUCCUUGUAGGACCCAAGCCUGUCACUACUGCUCUGUAUCAGAUGAGCAGAAUGGCUUUGGAGCACAGACCAGUUGUUAUACUUGAAGAAUUACCUAUUCAUAGCCAGAUGCCACUAGGAUACCUCCAGAAAGAUGCUCCAGCCCUCCCUCCCAAUCUUCACCUCCAGAUUCUCAGUAUUCCUGGUUGGCAGUAUAGCUUGAACCACACAGAGCAUCUGCAGAAUCUGCAGAAAGGUCACAGAAAGGAAAGUGGGCCUGACCUCAGCCGGGUCUUACUCCGCAUCUGCCAUUUAUACGAGGUGGGAGAAGACCCAGACCUUUCCCAGCCAGUAACUGUGGACCUAAAGUCUCUGCUCCAGAGUAUGGGGACAGUAGCUUUGGUGGAGGAGCGUUCCCUCACAGGGACCUGGGAUGUGAAAGACCUGAAUCGCUGGAAGUGGAAAACAGCCAAAUUUGAAGGCCAAGACUUCCACAGGUGUUCCAGGGCAUCGCUGGGAAACUCCACCUUCAUUCUGCACCCAAAGGAAAUAAAGACCUUUUUUAUCCACUUCCAAAAGCAAUGAAAUGCUUAGAAACCAUCCUUGCCACUGUCCUGAAUGUCUUUGAAGCCUUGCAUGUGGACUGCCAAAGGGGUGAUAAAGGCUAGUGGGAAUUUAUAGAGGAAGAAAGAUGUAUAUUUUGUAAUAAACUGUAAAUUAUGCAACUA